AUGUCAAGGGAAAGCUCUGGUGAUGAUCAUUUUGAUCUUGAAUCUCAGAGUCAUCUCUUAGUGAAAGAUGGUGGUGAUAAUAGUACAGCUAGUACUAGUGGUCCCAGUCAUCGUUGGCGAUCCAUCAUCAUAAUCCUCCAUGUACGCCAAGCUUUCAUCUCCAGUGCAAGGAACAAGUCACUGGCCGUUGAUGGGAUUGCGGUGGUGCCUCCGCCACCGUCCAUCGCCACCUCUAAUACCGGCGGGGAUGGUGAUGGACUAAAUGUAGAACUUGCAAUUAUACCAACCUCACCGGAGGUGUCCCUGGAUGUCCAAUCCGAUGGUGCUGAUGAGAGCAACAAGUGCAACAAAGAGCUUCAAAAUGCUGAAAUAACUAGGAUUGUGAAGGCAAAGGACUUGAAUUCCCUGCAUGAGUUUGGAGGUGUACAAGGAUUUGCAGAGGCUUUGGAUACUGACUUAGAGAAUGGGUUGGCGAAUGAUGAAGAUGAUCUUUGCUGUAGACGCCUAACAUGCCCACAAUCGGAAACAAAGGCUCCUCAAGAAGGCUUCUUUCAUAUCCUUUGGAAUGUAUGCAACAAGUACCUCAUUUUCCUUCUCCUUUUGUGUUCAGUGUUGUCAAUUGUCUUUGGGAUUCUGGAGGAAGGCCUACAUACCGGGUGGUAUGAGGGGGCCUUUGUAAUUUGUGCCAUCAUUGUGCUUGUAUCUGUUCCUAUGAUACGCGAGUAUUGGUAUUCAUGGUAUCAGCCAAGGAGGAAAAAGCUAUCGAAGACUAGGGAAAUAGCCGUCCAUGUUUUCAGAGAUGGGUUGUUCAUUUCUGGUGAAUCUUUAAAAUUGGAUGAUGAAUUGGAAUCCACCAUUGAUGACCAAAACCCAUUUAUGUUUCACGGUGCAAAGGUGAUUAACGGAAAAGGGAAAAUGCUUGUGGUAUCCAUUGGCAAGGACACAGUAUGGGGUGAAAUGAUGAGUAAUGUGAUAAAUGCUUCCAACCCUCUACAAGUUCAACUUGACCAGUUGAACAAUUGCAUACAAAUCAUUGGGGUCCUAAUCACUAUCAUCAUCCUUGUCGUGUUGUUCCUUCAUUUUGAGUUCAGUAAGGGUAGUGCUGCCUCUGUAAUUCCUGAUCUCAAAGCUAAACCGGCUGCUAUCAAAGAAUUUAUAGAUGCCAUUUAUAAAAUUGUCAAGAAGCCAAAGGGGAAGACUGAUCUAUUGACUUCUUCACUUACCAUGAUUUUGGUGGGGAUUGCAGAGGGAUUACCUUUAAUGGUAACUCUCGCCCUCUAUUAUUGGAAUAAAAAAGCAUUGUUGGGUAAGGCCACAACUCAAGAUUUCUUGGCUUGUAUCACCAUGGGUUCGGUAACAACGAUCUGCACUGACAAAACUUGUGGGCUAAACUUGCACCAGAGAGAAGUUGACAUGUUGUACGUUAGUGGACAGUUCUUCAACAAUGAAUCCGCUAUAGCCCCAAAAGUCAUAGAAGCUCUAUGCAAAGGAAUUGCCACACCAAUUCUAGGAUUGGAGAGACCUCUUUCUUCAAUGGAAGACUCGCUCCUCUAUUGGGCUUCUUUGAAGUUGGGACCGAAACUAGAUAUUCUGAAGCAAGAAUGUAAAAUUGUUGAGGUGAAAGAAUUGAACUUUGAUGAGGAAGGAUGUGGCGUUUUGAUGAGAAAGGACGGGGAAAGUGUGAACUCAUCCUAUUGGAAAGGAUCUGCAUCAACAAUACUGGCAAUGUGCUCAUCCUAUUACAGUAGUGAAGGAGCGAUGAAUGUUAUCGAUGAACAACAAAGAGUAUUCUUCGAGCAAGUUAUUGCAGAUAUGCAAGGUAAACAUCUCAAAACUAUUGCAUUUGGUUACAAACAAACUGAUAGAGCUACUCUCGAAGAAACAGGCUUGAUCUUGCUUGGAUUACUAGGUCUAAAAAAUUCAUUCAGAAAAUCAAUGGAAGAUUGCAUAGGUGCUGGCGUCAACAUCAAAUUGGUGUCAGGAUGUGAUGCGUCUGAGUUAGAAUCCAUAGCUCUAGAGUGCGGAUUGAACAUACCCAACUCAGAUUCAGUGGUGCUUGGUGAAAAUUUUCGAAAUUCUACACAUAAAGGGAGGAUGGAAAUGGUAGAUCAAAUUUGUGUUAUGGCAAGUUCACUCCCUUCUGACAAGCUUCUGCUGGUGAAGUGUUUGAAGGAAAAGGGCCACAUAGUUGCAAUGGUGGGUGCCAGAACAGAUGAGACGCCAGCGAUUAAAGAAGCAAACGUCGGAAUCACAAUGGGAAGUGGUAGCACAGAAAUGGCCAGAGAGAGCUCCAACAUCAUCAUCUGGGAUGGUGAUUUCAAUUCGUUGUUCACCAUCAUGAAGUGCGGACGAUGUGCGUAUGAAAACGUUCAAAAGUUCAUCCAACUUGAGUUCACCGUGACCAUUGCGUGGGUACUGAUAAAUAUAAUCACAACUAUCUGUUUUGGAGAUGUCCCAAUAACAACAAUUCAGUAUUUCUACGUAUGCUUCAUUGUGGCCGUUCCAGGUGGCCUAGCUUUAUUGAUGGAUCCACCCACCAAGACACUAAUGAAGAAGUCACCAAUAAGAUCAAUUGACUCGCCAAUGACAAGAACCAUGUGGAGAAACAUAGUCCUUCAAGCCCUAUACCAGGCUGCAAUUCUGGUGACCUUUCGGUUUAAAGGACAAGCUGUAUUGGACACCACCCAGAAGGUUAGUAAUGCUAUGAUCUUCAACAGUUUUGUCCUUUGCCAGGUUUUCAAUUGGUUCAACGCACGAGAACUGGAAAGAAAGAACGUGUUCAAGGGUAUCCAUCGAAACUGCUGGUUUUGGAUUGCGAUGGUUGGUACUAUUGUUUUGUUGGCGUUGUAUACGAAGAUUGCAAAUAUUUUUGCUGGCAGUGCAAGGUUAAAUCCUGAACAGUGGGCUUUCUGUUUUCUAAUUGGAGCGGUUUCUUGGGUGAUAGAUUGGGCUGUUAAGAGCACGUCGAAUUUUAUUGCAGAUAGGUUUCAUCGUUCUUAA